AUGGAUGAAUUUCGGCCGCUUCAGAUCUCUAACCUCAUUGGACUCAAUGAUCUCGAUGUUAAGGAAUACGAGGCCUUGUAUAAGGAGCUCCAUUCCCACCCAGAACUUUCCCAUCAAGAGUUUACCACUGCCAAAACCAUCGCCGAAAGAUUGCGCACAUUUCCUGAUUUAGAGGUCUACGAGAAUAUCGGCGGCACUGGGGUUGCAGGAGUUCUGCGGAAUGGCCCCGGAAAGACAGUCCUCCUGCGCUCCGAAUUGGACGCCUUGCCCAUUUUUGAGGAAACAUAUCUUCCAUUUGCCAGCAAAAAGACUAUGCGUGAUGAGUCUGAUGGUGUUGUAAAGCCCGUCAUGCACGCCUGUGGACAUGACAUGCACAUGGUCUGCCUACUAGCCGCACUUGAUACUCUUGUGGCAAUCAAACACAUCUGGGCAGGCACACUAGUGAUUGUGUUCCAGCCUGCUGAGGAACUCGGCGAAGGUGCACAGCGAAUGAUUGAAGGUGGGUUAUAUGACCUAGUGCCUAUUCCCGAUGUUUUGAUGGCACAACAUGUGGUGGCGAAACCAGUUGGGUGUAUUGGAAUGCGCCCUGGAGUGAUGCUGGCGGGGUCGGACUCGCUCAAGUUGACGUUUCAUGGCAGGGGUGGGCAUGCGUCCAUGCCUGACCGAGCGAUUGAUCCUGUUGUUAUGGUUGCGAGCACGGUCAUGCGACUUCAAACCAUUGUGAGCAGGCAGAUCAGCCCGAGCCAGGAAUUUGCCAUUGUAACCGUGGGCAGUCUGAACGCUGGACAGGCUGCUAAUAUCAUUCCGCAGAAAGCCGAAAUGCAGGUCAAUAUUAGAACGGCCCAUUCGGAGACCCGAAAAAAGGUUCUCGCAUCAAUUGAGCGCAUUGCGAAGGCAGAAAGCAAUGCUAGUGGUGCGGAAGAAGAGCCACUGAUUGAGACGAUUACAAACUUUCCAAUCACAGAAAAUGAUGAAACGACCACCGAGAGACUGCAGGGAACCUUUGGAGCAGUCUUCUCGGAUGGAUUUGACCCUGAAUGGCCCCGGAGCAACGCCAGUGAAGAUUUCACAAAGCUUGGUUUAGCUGUUGGAAAGCCUUGCUGCUUUUGGUUCCUUGGAUGCAUCGAUAGUAAGACCUGGGAUAAAGCAGAGAAGCACGGAAGAGUCUCACAAGAUAUUCCGGUCAAUCACUCGUCUUCCUUCGCUCCGGCAAUUCAACCCACCCUCAAAAUUGGCAGAAAUGCCAUGGUUGCAGGUGCCUUGACCUUCCUGUCGAACAGAAACAAUGCAUAG